AUGGACAGCGCCAAGGCAGAGAGAAGCGAGAGACGAACAGCACUCGUCGCAAGGGAACUUGACAGGUACAAUAUACAGAUUGCAGCCCUCAGUGAAACUAGGUUUGCUAAUGAAGGUCAACUGACAGAAGUUAACGCAGGUUAUACCUUCUUCUGGAGUGGCCGCAGUAGUGAGGAGCGUCGUGAAGCUGGAGUGGGGUUUGCCAUUAAGUCGAACCUGAUGUCCAGGCUUACAAACCUCCCCAAAGGAGUGAAUGACCGACUGCUGACUCUCCGGCUGCCAAUGAAAGGCAAGUGCCAGGGUACUUUUAUCAGUGCAUACGCCCCUACAAUGACUAACCCCGAGGAAGUCAAAGACAAGUUCUAUGAAGACCUCGAGGCCCUCAUAAUGGAUGUACCAAAGGGAGAUAAACUAGUUAUCCUUGGCGAUUUCAAUGCCAGAGUCGGUACAGAUUACCAGACUUGGGAGGGAGUUCUCGGCAGAAACGGAAUAGGCAAAUGUAACAGCAAUGGUCAUCUUCUGCUGAAAACCUGUGCGACCCAUGACCUUGUUAUUACAAACACAAUAUUUCGCCAACCAAACCGCAACAAGACAUCGUGGAUGCACCCACGCAGCAAACACUGGCACCUCAUAGAUUACGUGAUAGUCCGGAGAAGAGACAGGCAGGAUGUCAGAGAAACAAAGUCUAUGUGCUGUGCAGCCUGCUGGACAGACCACAGGUUAAUUCGCUCAAAGCUCAACAUGCACAUCAAGCAUGGGAAUUCAAUGAACAUGCACGAUUCGUAA